CUCUCUCUCAGUCUCAGUUCAUUCUCUGUGCCUCUCGUCCAUUUUCUCCCUCUGUAUUUCCCGUCACUGAGUGGAUUUUUCUUGGACUCACUGAUGCUCGUAUAUAUGGACCACAGAAUGUGUGUGUAGGUGUCUGUGUUUUAAAGUGUGUGUCUGUGUGCGUGUGUGUGUGUGUGAGACAUGCUCCGUGUGUUUAUUCUGUGUGCAGAGCGUCUGCAGACGCCGGACGCCGACAUCAGUGAUGCUUACUGUCAAGUCAUCUAUGAAGGAUCUAAGAAGAAGACAAAGGUCAUCAAGAACAACCCGAACCCCGUGUGGAACGAGGGCUUUGAAUGGGACCUGAAGGGGAUCCCUCUGGACUCUGGAGCAGAACUGCACUGUGUCGUCAAAGACCAUGAGAAGAUGGGCAGGAACAGGUUCCUGGGAGAAUGUCGCCUGGGUCUCAGAGACGUCCUCAACUCUCCAGGCCUGGCUGCGUCCUUCACCAUCUCCCUGCUGGACACGAAGAGGAACAACACCGGGGCCACACUCACCCUUCAAGUGUCCUACUCCCCUCCUCAUGGAUCACUUCCACCCUUCCAGCCUGCGUCCCAUUCCGAGUCUCUUCCUCACGCCAACCCAAACGUGGAGCUGGACACCGUCACCAUGAUUUCUCUGGACACGUUGGGCGAGGAGGACACGGAGAGCAUGCUGAUCCUGGAAGCUCCAGAGGACCAGGAGCCCGACGACGGGCGCUCCAUGGUCAUCGUCGGCCCUCAGGGGCCCACGGGCAAGGAGUCGCCCACGGCACAGACGCCCAAGCGCUCGCCGCCGUCCUACAACACUCACGGAGGACUGAGGAAGAGGAGGAGGGGCUCGAGCGGUCAGCAGAAACCUCUGCCCAACAAACCCCAGGACCUUCAGGUUCGCGUGCGGGUCAUCGAGGCGAGACAGCUGCCGGGCAUCAACAUCAAGCCCGUUGUCAAGAUAACAGUCGCCGGACAGACGAAGAGGACACGCAUCAGGAAAGGAAACAACCCGGUGUUCGACGAGACUUUCUUCAUGAACUUCUUUGAGACGCCGUCAGACCUGUUUGACGAGCCCAUCUUUGUCACUGUGUGUGACUCUCGCUCUCUCAGAACUGACGCCGUCAUCGGUGAAUUUAAGUUGGACGUUGGAACUGUUUACAACGAGCACAGACACUGUUUCUUGAGAAAAUGGCUGCUGCUGUGUAACCCCGACGACCUCUCUGCCGGGGUCAGAGGUUACCUGAAGGUCAGCCUGUUUGUCUUGGCAGCUGGAGACGAACCACCAGCUGAUAAACGUGAGUGCGUGGAGGACAAAGAGGACAUUGAAGGAAACCUGCUGAGACCAGCUGGUCUUUCUCUGAGAGGAGCCACCUUCACCCUGAGGAUCUUCAGAGCUGAAGACCUGCCACAGAUGGACGACGCCUUCAUGGACGGGAUGAGGCAGAUUCUCGGGUUCGACAGCAACAGGAAGAACUUGGUGGACCCUCUGGUGGAGAUCCACUUCGCCGGCAAAACGAUCUGCACCAGGAUUCUGGAGAAGAACGCCAAUCCUCAGUGGAACCAGAGUCUGACGCUGCCGAUCCGAUUUCCCUCCAUGUGUGAGAAGAUGAGGAUCAGAAUUCUGGACUGGGACAGAGCCAGUCACAACGACAUCAUUGGCACCACCCACCUCUGUAUGUCCAAGAUCUCCGCCCCUGGAGGAGAGAUAGACGAUGACUUGUCUCCACGGACCGUCCACUCUGGCAUGGACGACAGCCUCGGUUUCCUGCCGACGUUCGGUCCGUGUUUCGUGAACCUGUACGGCAGCCCCAGAGAGUUCACCGCCUUCAACGACCCACACGAGGCGCUCAACCUCGGAAAAGGAGAGGGCGUGGCCUACCGAGGUCGCGUUUUACUGGAGCUGAACACGAAGCUUGCGGACAAGCCAGAGCAGAGAACUGAGGACGUCCCAUCGGACGACCUGCUGGUGGUGGAGAAGUUCCUCCGGAAGAGGAAGUUCUCACUCUUCGUGGAGUUCUACUCGGCCACGCUGCUGCAGGACGUCGACGACGCCAUCCAGUUUGAGGUCAGCAUCGGUAACUAUGGCAACAAGUUCGACUACACCUGCCUCCCUCUGGCGUCCACCACGCAGUUCAGCAGAGCCGUGUUUGACGGUUGUCACUACUACUAUCUGCCGUGGGGAAACGUGAAGCCGGUGGUGGUUCUGUCUUCAGAGUGGGAGGACGUCAUGCCGAGGAUCGAAGCUCUCAACAUGUUACUGACCAUCACACACAGACUGGAGGAGAACCUGCAGCGAGUGCAGAUGGAGGUGAAGACAGGAAGUGACCUGGAGGAGGUGGAGCUCCGAGUGGUGGAGCUGCUGGACCAGGUCAUCACAGACUGCAGCGAGGAGUUGCCGUCUCUCGCUCAGUGGCAGUGUGCGACGCCUCUCGAUCGCUCGCUCAGACACGUGCGAACGUUGCACCUGCAGCAGAUCAUCGCGGCGGCGCUCGCUCUCAAACACGGACCGGCCACCGACCUUUCCACCGUGCUGGAGCAGGCGGAGGACUGGGCGAGCAGGCUGAGGACGAUGUCUGAGGAGCCUCAGAACAGUCUUCCCGACAUCGUGAUCUGGAUGCUUCAGGGCGACCGCCGCGUGGCCUAUCAUCGCAUCCCGGCGCACACCGUCAUCUUCUCCCAGGUGCAUUGUGGGAAACACUGUGGACAACUGCAGACCGUCUUCCUCAAGUACCCACAAGGCAACGGGGCCGAGGCCAAACUUCCCGGUCAGCUGAGAGUCAAAGUGUGGUUUGGAUUGACCGCAGACGUCAAACACUUCAACCAGUACGCCGAAGGAAAAGUGUCUGUGUUUGCUGAAACGUAUGAGAACCAGACGCGGCUCGGCCUGGUGGGCAGUUGGGGUACUACAGGUCUGACUUACCCUAAGUUCAGUGACAUCACUGGAAGAGUCAAACUUCCCAAAGACAGUUUCAAACCGUCGCCAGGCUGGACCUGGGGAGGAGAGUGGUGCAUCAGCCCCGAGAGGACACUGCUGUAUGAUGUGGACGCUGGUCACAUGACCUUCAGUGAGGAAGUGUUUGAAAACCAGAUGCGGUUACCAGGGGGACAGUGGAUCGGCAUGCCAGAGGGAUACACUGAUGUGAACGGUGAGAAGGCGGUACCAAAGGACGAGGUGGACUGUCCUCCAGGUUGGGUGUGGGACGAGGUGGAAUGGAGCGAAGAUCUGAACAGAGCUGUGGAUGAUCAAGGCUGGGAGUACGGUCUGACCAUUCCUCCUGACCGUCGUCCAAAGUCCUGGGUCCCUGCAGAGAAAAUGUAUCACACGAACAGAAGAAGACGAUGGACAAGAAUGAGACGAAGAGACACACACAGAUCACAGCUCAAUCAGCAGCGUCCAGAGGACACAGAGCGUGAAGGUUGGGAGUACGCGUCUCUGUUUGGUUGGAAGUUUCAUCUAAAGACCAGAAAGACCGACAGUUUCAGGAGGAGACGCUGGCGCCGCCGCAUGGAGCCUCUGGAGAAGACGGGCCCGGCGGCCAUCUUUGCUCUGGAGUGUUCUCUGAGCAGCAUCGAGGACAAAAGUGACGAAAAGUCGGUCACGACCGCGUUUGGUGUCAACAGACCGACCAUUUCCUGUUACUUUGAUCGUGGCACGCGGUAUCACCUGCGUUGUUACCUGUAUCAGGCCAGAGAUCUGUUGGCCAUGGACAAAGACAGCUUCUCAGAUGCCUACGCUGUGGUGUCGUUCCUCCAUCAGUCCCAGCGAACGGUGACGGUGCGUAACACUCUCAAUCCCACCUGGGACCAGACGCUCAUCUUCUACGAGGUGGAGAUCUUCGGCGACCCCGAGGCCAUGGCGGCGAAUCCUCCCAACGUCGUGGUGGAGGUUUACGACGAGGAUUCUUACAGUGCUGACGAGUUCCUGGGUCGCUGUGUGUGCCAGCCCUCGCUAGCGCCGUCACCUCGUCUCACCUGGUUCCCGAUUCGUUUUGGCGACAAAUACGGCGGCGAGCUGCUGGCCGCCUUCGAGCUCAUCCGCAGGGAAAAGCCUGCGAUUCAUCAUAUUCCCGGUCAAGAGGGAGACAUCACAAGCUCCACCCACGCUCUGGACGAGUUGCUGUUUUCGGGAUUCCUCUCUGAAAACCUGCAGCAGAUGCCGGAGGAGUCGGAUCUUCCAUACCUGCCUCCUCAGCGAGAACCCAAUGUCUUCAUGGUUCCUCAGGGAAUCAAACCCGUUCUGCAGAGAACCGCCGUUGAGAUUUUGGCAUGGGGUGUUCGUAACCUGAAGAGCUUCCAGUUAGCCAGCGUUACCUCUCCAAGCCUGCAGGUGGAGUGCGGCGGCACCAUGAUCCAGAGCUGCGUCAUCCGCAGCAUGAAGAAGAAGCCCAACUUUGACGUCAACACUCUGCUGCUUGAUGUGCGACUUCCACGUGAGGAGCUCUACAUGCCACCAAUCGUCAUCAAAGUCAUCGACAACCGUCAGUUUGGCAGGAAGCCCGUGGUCGGUCAGUGCACCAUCCGCUCUCUGGAGGAGUACCGGUGCGACCCGGAGGGCGAGGGAGCGGCGCCGGAGGACGAGGAGGACGAGGCGGGAUGGCGACGUGAAGCAUCGCAGCUGACGUCCGGCGAGGUUUUCAUCGACAUCGGUGACGAGGAGCCGCUGGUUCCUGACCAGUUUGCAGAUGGAGCCGGCUCAGCUAUCAUUAACCUCUCAGCCUCUUUCUCCAGCCUUCAUGUGGUGCAGUGGGAAGAAGAGUCCAUGGACUGGUGGAGUAAGUUCUACGCCUCGACUGGAGAGAAGAACAAGUGUGGAACGUACCUGGAGAGAGGCCUGGACACACUGAAGGUGUUCGACAGAGAGUUGGAGAAGGUGGACGGUUUUGAUGGACUCUCUGAUUUCUGUCAGACCUUCAAGUUGUACAGAGGAAAGACUCAGGAUGACGGAGAGGAUCCGUCAGUGGUCGGAGAGUUCAAGGGCAUGUUUAAGAUCUACCCUCUGUCAGAUGAUCCCGCCGCUUCGGCUCCGCCCAGACAGUUCCGGAAACUCCCCCCCAACGGCAUCGAGGAGUGUUUGGUGCGAGUCUACGUCAUCCAGGCUGAAGGUCUGCAGCCCAAAGACACCAACGGGAAGUGUGACCCAUACGUGAAGAUAACGCUGGGGAAAAAGACGAUCAGUGACCACGAGAACUACAUCCCCUGUACGCUCGACCCCGUCUUUGGAACGUUGUUUGAGUUCUCGUGUUCCCUCCCCGUGGAGAAAGACCUGCGAGUGAUGGUGUUCGACCACGACAUGCUGAAGAAAGACGAGAAGAUCGGCGAGACGCUCAUCGACCUGGAGAACCGCUUCCUGUCCAAAUAUGGAGCCAUGUGUGGUCUGCCGCAGUCCUACUGUGUUUCGGGCGUGAACCAGUGGCGCGAUCAGCUGACGCCGCGGCAGCUGCUGUGCAGAGUGUGUGAGCGGCGGCACCUGAGGAAACCGCUGUACGAGGACGACGCGGUUUAUUUCAGAGGAGUCCGAUACACAGCAGCUGACCUCGAGGACAAACAGGAGUCCAGACGUCACCUGGGUUCCCUGAAGGAGCGACUCUCUCUCCACGUCUUGAGGAAACUCACGUUAGUUCCUGAACACGUGGAGACGCGGCGACUCUUCAGUCCGCUACAACCCGACAUCGAGCAGGGACGUGUGAUGAUGUGGGUGGAUCUGUUUCCCAAGUCUCUGGGUCCACCUGGACCACCGUUCAACGUCACGCCGCGACGAGCUAAGAAGUUUUUCCUGCGCUGCAUCGUCUGGAACACGAUGGACGUCCUCCUCGACGACGUCAGCAUCAGCGGUGAGAGGAUGAGCGACAUCUACGUCAAAGGGUGGCUGGACGGACACGAGCACAACAAACAGAAGACGGACGUUCACUAUCGUUCACUGGGAGGAGAAGGAAACUUCAACUACAGAUUCUUGUUUCCUUUCAACUAUUUACCUGCGGAACAGCUGAUCGUCGUCAACAGGAAGGAACAUUUCUGGAGCGUCGACAAAGGCGAAACCAAACUGGCUCCUAAACUCACCAUCCAGAUCUGGGACAACGACAAGUUCUCCUUCGACGACUACCUCGGUCACCUGGUGAUGGACCUGAACCACAUGCUGCGUCCGGCCAAGUCGGCGGAGAAGUGCGACCUGCAUCUGCUGGAGCAGCCGGCGGGAACGCUGGUGUCUCUGUUCGAGCAGAAGACGGUGAGAGGCUGGUGGCCGUGCAGCUGCGAGCAGAACGGAGAGAAGAUUGUCGCCGGGAAGGUGGAAAUGUCUCUGGAGAUCGUGACAGAGCAGGAACAGGACGAGCGUCCCGCCGGCCUCGGCAGAGACGAACCCAACAUGAACCCUCACCUGGAGGAGCCUCAUCGUCCUGAGACGUCCUUCCUCUGGUUCUCGUCCCCCUAUAAGACGCUGAAGUUCAUCCUGUGGCGACGCUUCAAGUGGGCCAUCAUCCUCUUCAUCAUCCUCUUCUUCGUCUUCCUCUUCUUGGGCGUCUUCCUCUACUCCUUCCCUAACUACGCUGCCAUGAAGAUGGUUGGACCGUUUGGACCAGCGAAGACGUCUCAGUGAAGACGGGGAGUUUGAAGAAGUUUGUCCGUCGUCGCCGUCGUCGUCUUCACAAAGUUGUUAAUGAACACGUGUGACCUCACUCUGACUGUGUGUGUGUGUGUGUGUGCUGUACUGGAUCAGAUCUCAGCAGGCGUCUCCAGCAGCGUCUCCUCGGUCUCGCGUCCUCACCGCUUUCAUGUCUCGCUCCGUCUCUCAUCUUCACUCGCGCUGAAAUCCCGAGGCUCCGAACUCUGGCUCGACCUACA